AUGGUACUCAUUUUUGAGGUACCACCAGCAACAACCGAAACAGCAGCAGCAACAACAACAACAACAGCAACAACAACAAAAGCAACAACAACGACAACGAGUAAUAAUAGUUUACCGGAUCCGAUUCCAAUGGCAGUGAGAUGCUUCAACAACCAGCCCUCCAGGAUUCCGCCAGCACCACAGGAUGAAAAAAUCUCAUCGCUCUGGGGCACCGGUAGUUCGCCAUCACCGCCCAAUAGCAGUGGGAGCAGCAAUCUGUUCCACUCGUGCUGGUCACCGAUCUCCAAUUCGGCUGAUAUAAUUGCUGGCUCAUCGUCAUCAGCAUGGAACUCGCCGUACGGCUGGAUGGGAUUUACCGAUCACGUAAGCCAGCCGUUUUGCUCCUUUUUAUGA